UGCCAGAUUUGCUUUUUCCAUCUUAUUUCAGGGCAGAUUCUUUUUUAGACAGUGACUUCACACAUGUAUCAUCUUCAUAAUCCUUAGGUAAGAAAUGAUGCCAGUUUAGUUGGGCAGUAAUGACGGUAGAAACUUGUUUAUGACUGAGACAAAGUGGAGGAUUAGGACUGAUGCCAGUUAUGUCCAUAUACAGUCUACAACGGAGUCCCGUGUAAACAGCACUGCUCAUGUUUUGCUGUGGUAAUGGGAAAAUUAUCCCCAAAGGACGUUACUCUUACGUACCAGUCACCUCUCUCUCACAAACACAUGCAAUACUCAUAUGUACAAAUGCAUUGCAUUGUGGUGGGACAUUACUGUCAAAUUGAUUAUAAGGUAGAUAUAUACAGAUGUACAUAGAUGUACAUUUACUUUCCUGUAAGAAUAUUUCUUAAACUGCAGGAUUGUUGUUUAGUUAUUAAUCUUUAGGCUUAUUAUGCAGCAACUACUAUAAAUAACUAAGUAACUAAAUGACAGUAAUAUGUAAGUAACAUAGUUAGGUCGAGGAAAGUCUUGGCUUAUAUAUGGGUCCAAGGUUGUAAGGGUUAAUCCCUUAAACUAGGCUAUUAUUUGGUUAUUAUUAAGCUUAUUAUCCAGUAUUUGUGUUGAAUUGAUUUGAGCUGUAACUAUGACACUACUUUGUAGGAUGGAAUGGAUAUCUGGGCCCACCAGUGGAUCAAUAUGUUAAUUUUUUUCAUUUCUUUUCAUUACAGUGCUCCUGUUUUGGCAUCUUCCACUGAUUCUUAUGCUCUGAAAGCACAGACGCCAGCAUCUCACUGCAGCGACCGCACUUGCGUGGCCAAAUGCCAUCAUGCCUAUCAUCAGUAAUACCAAUGACUUCAGCAAUUUCUCAGUCAGCACUGAUGACAGCAGCCUUGACCGAUUUUUCACAGAGAUUCCAGAGACAGAGACCAUCAAGGGGGUGUACUUUCAGCGAGCCCAACUAUUGCGUGACCCCUCUGCCAUCAGGCAGGUCAACCACAAUGAACUGGCCCUCAUUAACGUAGGAGGUGAUCGCUACACCUUCCCCUGGAGUACGCUGGACGAGUUUCCGCUGUCCCGCCUGGGCCGACUGCGGCAUUGCAGCCGGCCGGAGGACAUUGCAAGCCUCUGUGAUGACUACGACGAGGCACGCCGGGAAUUUUUCUUUGACCGUAGCUCUGCCGCCUUCCGCGUCAUCCUCAACUUCCUUGCAGCAGGAAAACUGCGACUGCUCCGGCACGUCUGUGCCGUGUCCUUGUCAGACGAGCUAGACUACUGGGGCAUUGACCCUACCCGCAUGGAACGCUGCUGCCGCCGCCGGAUGAUGACCCGCCUUGAAGAAGUGGCCGAGAGGAAGCGGAAGGACGAGGAGAGGAGGCAGAAGAGGCUGCAGAACAGGCCCACGAAGGAGAAGGGUUACCGUGCCCUCAUGAGCCGCCUUAGGGAGGUGGUGGAAAACCCACACUCUGGAUGGCUGGGCAGAACCUUCGCCUGCUUUUCUGUGGUCAUGAUCGCUGUGACUGUGGUCAGCCUGUGCAUCAGCACCAUGCCUGAUCUAAGGGAGGAAGAGAGCCGGGGGGAAUGCUCACAGAAGUGUCAACACAUGUUCAUUGUGGAAACUGUGUGCGUGGCUUGGUUUUCUCUGGAGUUAGCCUUGCGCUUUCUGCAGGCACGCAGCAAACUGGAGUUUGCUCGUGGGCCGCUGAACAUCAUCGACACGGUAGCCAUUCUGCCGUACUACAUCUCCCUGGUGGUGGACGAGAAAGACAGUAGCACGGGUGAUUCCGGGGUAGGCAGAGGGUACCUGGACAAGCUAGGCUUGAUCCUGCGGGUCAUGCGUGCCCUGCGGAUCCUCUAUGUGAUGCGACUGGCCAGGCACUCCUUGGGACUGCAGACACUAGGGCUGACCAUGCAGAGGAGCAUGCGGGAGUUUGGCCUGCUGCUCCUUUUCCUCUGCGUGGCCGUGGCUCUCUUCUCCCCCCUUGUCCAUCUGGCAGAGAACGAGCUGGCCGCUGGUACAGUUGUGGGGCCACACAGCUUCAGCAGCAUCCCAGCCUCCUAUUGGUGGGCUGUCAUCUCCAUGACGACGGUUGGUUACGGCGACAUGGUGCCACGCAGCAUCCCCGGCCAAGUGGUGGCCUUUAGCAGUAUCUUAAGCGGCAUCCUCAUCAUGGCCUUCCCAGCCACCUCCAUCUUCCAUAUGUUCUCCCGCUCCUACAAUGAGCUCAAGCAAGAGCAUGAGAUGUUGUGCAAAGAAGAAAGAGUGGCCUUCCUGGCAGCCAGCGCCGCGCAGGAGGUCAGGAAAGAGGCAGAGAGAAACCCCUACUCCUGGCCACAACUGGACAGCAACAGACCCUAUCAGGUUGAGAAUGGGACAGGAGUCAACCAACCUGUCUUCACAGCCACAGCAUGUUGAGACGUGCUACAGAUGACGGGACUACAGUUUAUGAGGGGUUGUGACAGCACUUGUUGUGGUUUCUUCUUAGAGACAGCAACAGAUUUUUACAAUAUCACAUCCAAGUGUGACUAAAGUUUUUAACACAGCAUUUUUGGUCUCUAAGGCUUUGAUCAGACAAGCAGCACAAAUCCAGUUUUUAAUUAUAUCCAAUUUGAGCAGAUUUUCACCAUUAUGAACAGAAAACUCACAUGAAAUGCAACUUCAUUCAAUUGUGUGUUUUCGGAUCUGCUUUGGAUCGGAUCUGGACCUGCAAGUUGAAUUUCUGGCCAGUCUGUCAGACCUUACAAAUCGGGUUUGGUUGCUUGUAAUUUGGAGCAUCGACCUCCUAAAAUCAGAUUUAAGCAGGAAAUAUGAUUUGCCCUGCAGUGUGAACAAAGCCUAAAAGCACAAACUCCCACUCACCCCCACCUGCAGUUCAUGGGUCUCAUCGUCCGACCUAAAUUUUGGUUUGUGCACAAUAAACACCCAUCAUAAAUGCUGCUGCAAUGCAAAAAUAAUAGCCUAGUGAUCAAUGUGUGUGGCUGAACCUACCAUUUCAUUGACCAGCUUUACUGCAGAUCUAGUAACUCUGGCGUUAGUAUCUAACAAUGCUUAUCUACCAACAUCACGGAAUUGAUUGUCCCAAAAAUGACAAUCUGUGCUUAAGCUGUGGAAUAGCAAUAACAAUGUGAUUUAUUUUUAAAGCAUGUACUAUUAGCCUAGCUGGACAUGUAAUUGUAUAAAAUCUUGUUUGUCUGGUUGACCUUUAUUGUAUGCAACUGUAAUACAACCGCAUCUGUCCUUGCCUAUAUUCGUUUGACAAUAUAAAGUAUGGUUGACUACAUCUAAAUCAGCCUAAUUUUGACUUGCACUAUUGUCUGAAAUGGCACACAUCCCUCACCAUGGAGUCAGACUACUGGACACCAAUACGCGGUACAUCCCAGCUGUCUUGGAGCUGAAGAAAUGAAAAUGACAAUCGUGUAGUCUUCGUUCUGAUUUUUUCAGCUGAAUAUUGUUGCUGUCAUAACAAAACCCUCUUCAAAAUGGUGACAUUAUGGGAAAAAGUAAAAACGUGUAUGCUAUUAAAUUAGAUUUUAACACAAUUCAUGUUUGCCCAUUUCUAUUGGUCCAUUAUUUAUGUUCACAGCAUGUAAAGGCUAGCUGGCAUUUUAAAAUGUUUAAUAAGAUUAUAACCAUGAUAGAAAAAAAAGUUUUGAUAUGACAGUGAAGAAACACAGCACUGUGCAAAAGUUGGAGAAAACACUUUUAUGUAACUUGUUCAUUUAGCUUAUAGUCAAAACAGCAAUUAAAACAAGUCAAUCAUUUAUAACGAGAUUAGAUGUUAGAUAAUCCACUUGCAAAACUGUCAACAUCAGAUAUACAGUAGAUAAGAAGCUCCACUCAUGCUUCAGAUCUCAAAAAAUCCAUGUGUUUCUGUCCAUCCUUCCACUGUGUGAAGAAACUCAACACUAUGAGUGAAAGGAUGUGUAGCUGUCAAGACGCCCUUACUGAGAAAAGCAAAUAGACAAAUAAGAGGAACAUUUGCAAAUCAAACAAAGAGGCUGCUGCUGUUCUCAGAGCAAUUAACUGAUCACCUCAGAGUCCAGACCUUAUACUGACUGUGAUUACUAGGAGAAGUAGAAAAUGCAACCAACUGCUAAGACUGAACUUUGGAGGAGUGGAAAAAUAUCCCUGCAGAUUUCUUUGAAAAACUGAAAGCAAGAAACUGAAUAGAAUGGAAGCUGUAAUAAAGGCAGAGAGUGGAAAAAAAUGUGAUAUUAUUAGAAUAGAAUAGAAUAUUUUGUUGUUUUCUGCUUGUUUCCUGGUGCUAGAAAAUGAGUAACAUGUACUUAAUGGCCAUUCGGCCUGAAAAUGAAAUAAAUGAAGGGUGGUCUCUGACUUUUGCACAGUACUGUACCUUUGGCACACAACCUUUGGGCAAACUCUCAGGAUCAGUUCAGCAGGGAGAUAUCAUACCUGCAAUAUAGCAGAUUGUACACAAUUACUACUGAUAACCUUUGUUUAAUGUAUUGCUGUGCAUGGUUUACAUUGUCUGGGCAAAAUGUGCUGCUUAGCAUCACCAGUGUACCUUUAAUCUGUUGCUUCUGUUUAAUUCUGUCAUUUUCAAGAAUAAAGUGUUGCAAACAUUCAGCAUUUCUCUGCGUUUUUUAAAUAUAUUUUGCCUCCUAAUUCAAAGUUGUUGAGAGUGUCAUUUUAACUAACAAAGGCAUCAUUAUUAAUGGUAUGACAUUAAGCAGGUAGUAAUGAUGCCUUAAAGGGAACUGAAACAUUUCUGUGUAGUUCAAUGUCUGAAAUGGACACAAAGUCAUUCCGAGUGGUUUGAUGUAAAAGAGUGCAUUGUAGAGAAAUUAGCCAUAACACAAAUAUUUUAUGUAGUGUCCAAAAUGACCACUGAACAUACUUGUGUCUUCUAAAUGAUAUGAGAUAUUGCUAAAAUAGUGCUAAAAUUAGAAAACUAAGCUUUAUUUAGGUUCUAAUUUGCUUUAAAAUGCCCUGCAUGCGCCUCUCCACCAUAAGCAUAUUUUAAAAAGAACAUUUCAGCCCAAAAACUCAUCGCAAAACUAGCGUAAAACAAUGUUUCAGGCAUCAGGCAGUGAAUUUGUAACAAUGUCAUGUAACAGCUUCAAGUAAACCCUUCAGAUGUCUGGUUCCUUUUACCACCACUGUGAACAACUCUGUCUUGGCAUACCACAUUUCAUAUCAAACCACUCUAAAUAGCCUCACUGCAACUUUACAGCAGGCUGCCCCUCCAGUGGUGGUUCCUGAGGCUCUCCCAGGUUGCUGAGGAAGCUGCUGCCACCAGAGCGUUACUCUGGGGAUCCUGGAGGAUCCUGGGGUUUCCUUCGUCAGUGUUCCCUGGCUAUAGUGUAGUGGUAGCGCACCGGUUUGUCAACGCAGCACCGUGGGUUCGAACCCUGGUCUUUGCGGUUUUAUGUAUUAUUUCAAUCGUACCUUCCACUCACACAGAAGCUUAGCGUUUGGGUCCUGCCUUCCAAAUCCCUGUGGUGGCUCACCCAGUUGGCCUCUGAAACACCACCCAGACGGCCUGAGUUUAAACCCCACCUCUGACAAGGCACCCAUUACAGUUAUUGAGCUUCUCUGUUCACUCUUACUCACACUCCUUCCUUUAGCUGCUUCAUACAGUGUUUUUUCUUGUAUAUAGCACUAAUAUUCUGUCAUACAGUGAUAUUAUUCCUUACAUAUGGUGCUAAUAUUCUGUCAUAUAGUGAUAUUAUUCCUUACAUAUAGUCCUAAUAUUCUGCCAUAUAGUAAUAUUAUUCCUUACAUAUAGCACCAAUAUUUUGCCAUAUAGUGAUAUUAUUCUUUGCAACUAGUGCUAAUAUUCUGCCAUAUAGUGAUAUUACUACUUACAUACAGUGCAAAUAUUUUGCCAUAUAGUGAUAUUAUUCCUUACAUAUAGUGCUAAUAUUUUGCCAUAUAGUGAUAUUAUUACUAACAUAUAGCGCUAAUAUUCUGCCAUAUAGUGAUAUUAUUCUUUGCAAUUAGUGCAAAUAUUUUGCCAUAUAGUGAUAUUAUUACUUACAUAUAGUGCUAAUAUUUUGCCACAUAGUGAUAUUAUACUUUGCAACUAGCACUAAUAUUCUGCCAUAUAGUGAUAUUAUUCCUUACAUAUAGUGCUAAUAUUCUGCCAUAUAGUGAUAUUAUUACUUACAUAUAGCGCUAAUAUUCUGCCAUAUUGUGAUAUUAUUACUUACAUAUAGCAUUAAUAUUCUGCCAUACAGUGAUAUUAUUCUUUGCAACUAGUGCUAAUAUUUUGCCAUAUAGUGAUAUCAUUCCUUAAAUAUAUUAUAUUUUAUUCCUUACAUAUAUUGAUAUUAUCCCUAAGCAAUAACAUUUCUUGAUUUGUUGAUAUUAUUCCUUAUAUACAGUAAUAACAUUCUUUUAAGUAGUGAAAUACAUCAUGUUACAACAGCCUGUCCUGAAAAUAUGUGUUAAGGGUGUGGGUGAGGGAUCAUUUUAUAGUGCUGGGCAAUCCCCCUGGUCAAAGUCUAUUCAGUGGCUCUUCAGCUGAAUGGCUUAUCUACUCUACUUAAUAAUCUCAUCUGUUCCAGCCUUUGUUUGACUUUUUCAGUUGUCUGUAUCAAGUUAC